CAGUCACGAGUGCGGAAGUAUUCAACUAUUAGCGUUAGCCACCCUACCGCUUCACCAGAAACAGAAAGAGCUCAACAAAUCCCCACAAACAUCAGAAAUAUGGCACUGAACCGCAAUCAUUCUCAACAGGGAGGGGUCCUCAUUGAUAACAGCGAGAGUGUGCUGAGAGACUGUAAGAAUGUGGAGCUGUCCUUCAGUGAUGCCACACACAAGAGUGAUGUUUUCAAAGGAACCAAGAAAGGCUCUGUGUAUCUCACACCAUACAGGAUGGUGUUUGUGAGCAGUAAUCUGAAGGAUAAAUUCUGUUCCUUCAUGUUCCCGUAUUAUCUCAUGAAAAACUGCAGCAUUGAGCAGCCUGUAUUUGCUGCCAAUUACAUCCAGGGCACCAUCAAAGCAGAGCCUGGCGGUGGCUGGGAAGGCCAGGCCAACUUUAAACUGUCUUUCCCCAGUGGGGGUGCUAUAGAGCUGGGCCAGCACCUCUUUAAACUUGCCUCAAAUGCAUCGCGGGCUCCAUCACAGGCCGGUGUGGGAGCAUAUGGUCCUGCUGGAUUUAUGAACGGUUAUGCCAGUCCAGCCAUGCCACAGCCACAACCAUAUCCAUACACACCCCAACCAUACUCCUAUGCACCACAGCCUGCCUACAACCCAUACGCUUGCCCAGCUACUGCACCAGGAAUGAACCCCACUGCUCCGCCCUAUAUGGCUCCACCUCCUCCUUACCCUGGGCUCCCCCAGAACUGGAACACUCCAGUCGCCCCAGGUAAUGCUAAAGCACAAGAAGCGGCUGGUAGCGCCUAUUACAACCCCACCAACCCCCACAAUGUCUACAUGCCAAUGGAUCAGCCUCCUCCUUACUAUCCUCCUCAGAAUCAGCCAGACAAGAAAAACAACUGAAGUCUCUGAGCCCACUUACAUUAUUAUUAUUAUUAUUAUUAUUAUUAUUAUUAUUAUUAUUACUAUUAUUGCUCUUGGCUAUCACAGAUUCCUGUGAUGCUUGUAUUCAGGCAUUAGGAGUUGCUAAGUGUUUGAAUCAGAACAAUAAUACAAAAUCUGUGUGCGUGUCUGGGUGUGUGUCUGUCUGUGUCUGUGUGUGUGUCUGUGGCCCAUCCCAUGGUAUUGAAGUGCUUCAUCCUCUUUUGUUUUCUUUUGGAAUGUAGAAGCUGGAGUUUUUAAUCACAUUUAUAAGCAAUGAGACAAAGAUGUAAUUGAGAUAUUGUGGAUAUAAUUAUUUAGCAUGUAAUCUUAACUGAAUGAAGAGUUCUUAUUAACGAUGUUAAAUUUCUACUUUUGCUAACAGGCAAAUUCACCUGGAGAAGGUGUGUUGGGGGUUAUGCACUGUGUGCGUGUUUGUGUGUGUGUGAGAGAGAAACAAAGUUAUUGGUUUGGUAUUGAAUGAUCAGAAGGGCUGUAAAUCUCUAACCUCACAAUGAUUUAAAUUGUUUACGAUUAGGUUAGGAAAGACUUUAUGCAUCAUGACAUUUCACAUUUUAUCAGGAGUUAUGAUCUGAUUUAUUUUGCAUGAUUCAGAAUAAUAAAACAAAUACAUUGAAUACAUCAUUGUGAGAAAGCACAGUAAAACCAGUGCACCUAGCUUUUAACAACUCAAAGCCCAAAACCUUUAUUCUGGCAAAAACAUACUGCGUUAUAUUAUUAUAAGCAUUGUAACUUAUACUGAAGUUUCUGUGUAUUUGCAACUAAAUCACCACUUUCAGAUCGAUGGAUUUUCCACCCCCUAGUGGACAGGCUUAUGUACUGCAGGACAUUAUUGUGAUCUAACUGAACCCAGAAAUGAACAUUUAGGCUCCGGUCACAUUACUGGGCUUAAAUGGCACAAAUCCAAUUUUUUUGGCUUAAUGUGACAGAUCAGAUGUUUUUUCAGCAUUAUUGGAAAUUGUUAUAUCGUUAUUUUUUUUUUCACUGCGCAUGUACCAUCUUUCAGUGUUAAUGUGGCAGCAGUGCCUAACCUGAAAUUAGUCGGUAAAGUGUGAAAUCAAAGCACCUGAAAAAUUUUCAUCUUCAACUUGCUCUGUUAAUAAACAGCUAAAAACUGGUCAGAAUAAAUCAAAUUUGCGAUAAA